AUGAAUUUAGCCUCAAGAUCCGACGUAACGGAGAAGGACACGAUGCGCUCGGAUAUCGUGCGUCCCAAAAGCGCCUGGCUUGUUGCAUUUCGGACCCCAUCACUGCACUCGAGAAACACUGCUCACCACACCGGCGUCUGUGUGGACCACAGUGCGCCAUAUUUACACCAAGCCGUCACCAGAAAUGCCUCACUGCAGUGUUGAAAGCACCGAAUCCCUCGGUCGGACUCGUCUCGAACAUCGUGAUUCUGGGGCUCUUAUGCAAGCCAGUUUCGGAGUCUUCACCAAUCGCAACAGCCGCCAAGGUCAAUCGGACCUUGCAAUAUCCUUGGCCCCGAUUCGGAAGGAAAUGCGCAUGUUGGCGAGGGCGAGGAGGGGGGAGAAGCAGACGGAGGGAGCCAUUUUUUUGUUUUCCACGCAAAAUCAACGUCUCUUGAACAGGGGGUUAGACUGGUGCAAAGUCAGGGCCACUGGAUCUAUGCAGCCCAUACAUUCACAGAACCACCAAAAGUUGACCCCAAACACCCUUCCUAUUCCAUAGUUUUGAAGAGUAGGCACAAGGAGAAGAGAGAGGAGAAGACAGCGAGAGAGCCGAAGCCGACGAGCGAUCGGGCCGUCCGAGCGGCCGGCCGUCAAAGUCGACGCGACGAUAGUACGGGGUCGUCGGAGCGAUUUUUCAUUUUCUGGCUGUCGGAGAGCGAUUCGUGGGUAAUUUCAUAACCUUCUUUCUCAUAUUCUCCGGGCUCUUCUCAAAAUAGGUACGGAUUGACCCCUCAGACACCUUAUCCCGAUGUACAAAUCGGCCUAAAAUCGCUCUGAGCUUUUCCGGGACCUCCUCGUCUCGCGCGUUCCUUCUCCUGCCCAACAUCAUCUUCGGCCUUCACCUUCCUUCCGUUGGGUUUUCACGGUUCUUUUCUCACGAGUACCUCCCCAACCGUGGCCUAGCCGAGCAGGCCCGGAGGAUCUUCGCACUCGGUCCGGAUACUCACGAUGUUUUCAAACUCCAAAUUUCCGAAAACGUUACUGAGGUCGGUCCGCACGCGAGCCGCAACCUCGCAGUAUUUGCGAGAAGUGUGUUCUCGGCCGAAGGUAUCAACGUGGUUGAGGCUUGA